AUGGAUUGUGUAUUCUCCUUUCAUUUCUUAGAUACCUUCUCAUCUAAAGCUGUCGUAUCAGAAGCUCUAACUGAUCAGGAACUGACGAGAGCAGCAAAAGAAGGGAUGGACGCUGCUUUUCAGGUUUUCGAUUCGGAAUGCAAGAGGUUCUCAAGCGAAAAGAAGUAUGGUCUUCAUGAAGCACUGCUGAAGGAUGUUAUAAACCGUCGAAUGGAAGACCUUAGAAAAGAGAAUGAUCAAUUCAUCUCAAAACUCAUGGCUGAUACUACAAGGAAACUCGUGGAAAGGUUUGCUGAGAGAACUGGACCGCAGCAUCUGUCCUUACAUGAUACUGACCUUGAUCUAAGGCUCCUACAAGAGGCCCGUACCUCGCACGCAGAGUUCAGACGCUCCCUGGGUGCCUUCCAGACUUCGCCCGAGUACAAAAAGUCUUCACAAGAGCUGCUGGAAAAACUGAGGUCCGUGGAGAAGCAACGCAGAACCGAGAAUGUGGCCGCAUUCACACGUGUCGUCGGAGAGCCCCUGAGACGGGCCAAGCAGAUAAUCCUGCUCUCUGCCGACAAGUUCGGAACCGAGUUUACUCUACGUUCUUUUAUUAUGGACGUGUGCCUUCUUCAGCUCGGGGACGGAAAGCCAAAGUUCUGGCAGCAGGACCUCAAGAGGAACAUUGUGAACAACUUCAUGAACUCUGACCCCGAAUUAAGGCAAAGGAUAGACAGCAUCAAGGGAUUUUGGUCGAGUGUGGUUGGCUUCUUUCUCUGGAUUCUUUGGCUGAUUGGAUUCUGAUACUUUGCGAAAUUUAAGUGCGACAUAUUUUAUUCCUUAACAUUUAUGGAAGUCCCGUAUCUUCAAUGAAGACUUGUCUAAUAGCAAGCUACUUUAGGGUUAUAGUAAAUGAUGAACAUGUUAUUGAUAGAUGGCGGAUUCUGAUACUUCAAAAAAUUUUAGUACGACAUAUUUCCUUUUUUUAACAUUUGUGGAAGUACCUUCAAUGAAGACUUGUCUUAUAGUAAGCUAUUUUUUGGGUGACACUGUCUAUA